AUGCUCAUUUUAAGUAAUUUAAUCGAAAAUACGGACAACGAAGGUCUUGGAGUUGAAAAACCAAAAUCACCAUUACCCCCUGGAGCGGAAAUCAUAGUCAACCAAUUAAGGGAAGUAGCGCAGAAAGUAUUUGCAGAUGGCGAUGAAGAUCGAAAUAUAGUUAAAGACUUGACACCAUUUGGUAUAGAAGAUGCCAACACCAGAUUUGAGGCUUCUUUUCCUGUGGUCAUCGAAGAAUUUGAAAACGUUGUUGCCAGUACACCUAAAUCACCCUUAACAAUUCUUACUCCCAUGCCAUUACCGACUAAUAGCCACAAGACAUGUAAUGACUUAUUUUGUGCUUUAUACGAUCACUGGAUAGUCCAGUACUAUCUUCGACUAGUAUUG